AUGGAGGCCGAAAAUAUGAAGGAAGAAGAUGUCCUCAAUUUCGAAGAAGAAGUCCGCAGUAAACUUGCUCAUCUUGAACAUCUGAUAGCGGACUCCAAAGAUUCAAUAAUGAAAGCCCUGGAAACCAGAGAUACGUCGCCAAAUCGAAGCCACCAUGAAGUCAUCAACGAACACCACCAAAACGGCGCCAAGGAAAUCGCACAGAUUCGCGGAGAAGACAGUAUAAUUGAGGAUAACGUGAACUUCAUGGAAGGAGUGGAAGAACUCGAAGAAUACGAGGAAGAGUCUGAAGAGCAGGAUGUAGAUGGAGAAGAGUCCGAAGAGGAAGAUCACGGUGCAGAGGACGAGAACUUCGUCGAGGAAGUUCACGGCGAAGAUGAGAAUGAGCGCGAGGAAGCGGUUCUUGAAUCGGAAGAUGAGGAAUCCGAGGAAAAUAUGUCAUGGUAA